AUGGGAGAUAGAAUGUUGGCUGUUUGGUAAGGAUAAGGAUACUAUCAUUUCACUACAUGCAACAAAGUAGACAACAAUCCAAAUUACAUUAAGAAUAUCAAUUAUCCAGAAGACAUUGAAGGUCUAUGGACAUAUCUCUACUAUUCAUAUAGUGAUGACAAGAACAGAGCAGUUGGUCAUAUCAAAUAUGGAAAUGAUGACAUACAAUCAAUUAGACAUGAUGUCAAUCAUCCUGAAACUAAAUAUGUGAGAUUCGUAUUGGGAGGUAAUGAUGAGGGAAGAUAUCCAGGAUUCAAUGGUGUGUUCUCAUAAAUAACAUUCAGCACCAAAGAAGGAGCAUUUAUUGAUACUGCUGAUCUCUUAAAAGGAUUCAUUAGUAAAUUAACUAAGCCUUCUUAAGGAUUCAAUGAUCUAGCCAAUUACAAAUUGAUCGAAGAUAGUUUGACAAGAACUUCAGAUGAUAAACCACUAACAAAGAUUAUAGGAAAAGAAACAGAAAGAUUCCCAGCUGAAUACUCAUUCAGUGGAUGGUUCAAGUGGUAACCACUAGCCUAAUAACCAUGGCAUAACAUUUUCAGAGUGUAACUCAAGACACCCUCUACAGACAGUGUCUUAGGUGAUAGAACAUUGUCAGCAUGGGUUGGAACAGCUGAAGGAGGUAUCAUCCAUUUACCAACAUACACUUAUGUUAAUAUGAAUGGUGCAGGUAAUGCUAAUGUUUGGAAGAAUAUUUAACACAAGAACAGAAUCACUAGUUGGUUCUUCCUCUACUUCGGAUAUUCAAAAGAUUAAUAAUUAGCCUAAGCUUACAUUAAAUGGACAGAUGGAGAAGAUCAAUUAUCACAUGAGAAGGUAAAUCAUUAUUUAGCAACCUAAUUCUAUGUGUUCACAGGAAGAGAUGAUCAUUACCCAGGAUUCAAUGGGAAAUUGGGCGAGGUUAAUUUCAAUAUUGGUAAAGGUGCCUUCCGUAAACCAACUGAUUAUUCACAUGAUAAGGAUAUCUUCGGAUUCAAGAGUGGCACAGAUAAAUUCAUUAAAAAACCAAGUGAUGAAUUCAAGCCUGCUGAUGCUAAUAAGAACAUUCUUGAAAAUGCUUCAAGUUAAGAUAAACCAGUUGUAGAUAAAGAUGUUAAUGCUGAAAAACCACUUGAAUAGUAUGGUUAUGGAUUUUGGUUGAGAUACCUAACAAAAUAUCCAGAUUAAUUACCAAACGGAAAGAACUAACCAUGGUACUUUGUAUCCAGAUUGACUAAUCAAUAGAAUUAUGAUAAUAUCAGAAUGGGAGAUAGAGUAUUGGCCAUCUGGUAAGGACAAGGAUAUUAUCACUUCACUACAUGCAAUUCAGCUACCAAUAAUCCAAAUAUGAUUAUUAAUAACAAUUUCCCUGAUGAUAUUGAAGGAUUGUGGACAUAUAUUUAUUACUCAUACAAUGCUGAAUAAAAUAAAGCUGUUGGUUUCAUCAAAUAUGGCAAUACUGACUUCUAAAGAAUCGUUCAUGAAACUACUCAUUCAUUGACCAAAUAUUUGAGAUUCAUAGUUGGUGGUAAUGAUGCUAAGAGAUACCCAGGAUUCAAUGGUCUAUUCACUUCAGUUACAUUCUCUACUGAAUCAGCAUUUGUCUCAGAUGCUGAUAAAUUGAAUGCUUACUUGCUCAAGAAUCAAGCACCAAGUGUUGCAGUUCCAUUGUAAACAACUGAAUUGAUUAAAGAUCAAAUCUCAAGAGAUAAGGAUGAAAAACCAAGUACUAUUCAAUCAAUCGGAAGCAAUAACAAAUUCCCAUUGGAAUAUGCAUUGAGUGGCUGGUUCAGAUGGAAGCCUACUGCAUAAGCUCCAUGGCAUAAUGUUUUCAGAGUCCAAAUUAAGAAGACUCCAUUCACUGAUAGUUGGUUAGGUGAUAGAACUCUCACUUGUUGGGUUGGUACUGCUGAAGGAGGUAUCUUGCAUUUCCCUACAUACACUUACACUAAUAUGAAUGGUGGUGGUAAUAACAACUUCUAUAAGAACAUUCAAUACAAGAAUAGAAUUAAUGAAUGGUUCUUCAUCUACUAUGGUUAUUCCAAAGUUGAAGCCACAGCUUAGAUCUAUGUCAAAUGGUUUGAUUCUGAAGAUAGCAUGUCCUAUGAUAAAAUAAAUCAUUAUUUGACACCAGAAUUCUAAGUGUGGGUUGGUAGAGAUGAAGCAUAUGUUGGAUUAAAUGGUAGAAUAGCUUAUGUUAAUUUCAAUGCAGGUGAAGGUGCUUAUGUCAAAAACAGCAAAUUCGAUCAUCCAUAAGACAUCUUCAAAUACAAUGUUGGAUAAGCUAAAUUAUUUGAAAAAUAAUAAGAAGUUAAACCAGGAUAAGUUAAUAAAGAUUAAUUACUAAGUGCAACAAGUCAAGAUAAACCAGUUAUUGAUUAGAAUGUUAAGUCAGAUAAUAACUUGGAAGAAUAUGGUUAUGGUUUCUGGUUGAGAUAUUUAACUGCCUUCCCAGAAAGAAUGCUUGGUGGUAAGAACUAACCAUGGUACUUUGUUGCUAGAAUAGCCAAUCAAGAGAACUAUGAUAAUAUUAGAAUGGGAGAUAGAUUAUUAGCCAUUUGGUAAGGAUAAGGAUAUUAUCACUAUACAACUUGCAAUGCAGUUAAUGAAAAUGCAAAUCUGAUAUUGAAGGUGUUUUGGACAUACAUCUACUAUUCAUACAGUGAAGCUAAAUCAAGAGCUAUAGGUUUCAUCAAAUAUGGAUCUGAAGAUACAAUCAAAGCCAUCCGACAUGAUGUUACUCAUCCAGAUACAAAAUAUGUCAGAUUCAUUCUAGGAGGUAAUGAUGCUAAGAGAUACCCUGGUUUCAACGGUAUUUUCACUUAAGUUACAUUCGAUGCUGUUAAAGGAGUUUUCAUUGACACAGCUGAUUAAUUAAAAGGAUACAUGAACAAAUUGGAAAACCCAACAAUUGGAUAAGUUGAUUUACAAACCUAUAGAUUGGUUACAAAUGAACAAUACAGAGAGAAGACCAAUGAUCCACUCUUUAAUGCAAUUGGUAAAGACAAUGAGAGAUUCCCAUUGGAAUACUCAAUCAGUGGUUGGUUCAAAUGGUAAUAAGCUCCAUAAGAUGCUUGGUAAAACAUGUUCAGAGUUUCAUUAAAUGAGAAACCAUCAGAUCAAUACUUAGGAGAUAGAACAAUGGCUGCUUGGGUUGGAACAUCUGAAGGAGGUAUCAUUCAUUUACCAACCUACACUUACGCAAACAUGAAUGGAGGUGGCAAUGCAAAUGUUUGGAAGAAUAUCUAACACAAAGAUAGACACACCAAAUGGUUCUUCGUUUAUUUUGGAUACUCAAAGGCUUAAGCUAAGGCAUAUUCAUACAUCAAAUGGUAAGCAGAUGAUGACUUCUUGAAUUACGAUAAUACAAACCAUUAUUAUGCACCAAACUUCUAAGUGUUCUUCGGAAGAGAUAAGUUCUAUACAGGAUGGAAUGGUAAGAUUGCAUUUGCUCAAUUCAAUUUGGGUAAAGGUGCAUUCAGAAGUGCUAAAGAUUUCACUCAUCCCAAUGAUGCUUUCGGUAUUGGAGCUGGUAUUGAUAAAUUAAGAAAGCCAGACACUGGAUUUAAACCAGCUGAUUCAGAUCCUGCAGUCAAAGAAAAUGCAUUCAAUUAGGAUAAACCAAUACAUGAUAAGAAUGCUAAUUCAGAGAAUCCAUUUGAUGAGUAUGGUUAUGGAUUUUGGAUGAGAUUCUUGACAGCCUACUCCAUAGAGAUUAAAUAAUGGUAAGAAUGA